UUCAGUCAGUAGUGUGUGAGUGGUGUCGAAAAGAGGUUGUGUUUCGAUAGCUACUACAGGCGAGGGGAGUGAAGCUUGAUUUUUUUUUUAGCUUUUUUCGGAGAACGGGCGGGAGUUAUGAGGCACUGGAUAGUUAUAAGUGCAGUGCUAGCCACGGGCUGGUGUUGUGGGUUUCCCGGGGCUCCCUCCCAUUCCUCGGUCACCUUCUCUGACAACAGCCUCGAGACCAACACCAUCGCCUCGUACUCGUGUGACCGAGGCUUCGAACUCUUGGGUCCCGCGAGGAAGAUCUGCGGCGAAAAUGGCACUUGGACACCUCCCGGCAUUCCUUUCUGCGUGCUUAACGUGGCUGCAGGAAAGGCACCUAUGCAGUCAUCGGUGGCAGACGGGGGCAUUCCUCAAAAGGCAGUUGAUGGCUCUACCUCCACUUCAUUCUCCCUGGACACUUGCACUCUUACCAACGCUGAACGUCAGCCCUGGUGGUACGUCAAUCUGCUGGAGCCUUAUAUGGUUCAGCUCGUUCGCCUGGAUUUUGGACAAUCGUGCUGUGGUAACCAGCCUGCAACUAUCGUGGUCAGGGUAGGCAACAACCGACCUGAUCUUGGAAAGAAUCCUAUCUGUAAUCGAUUCAUUGGGGUUCUGGAAGAAGGCCGCCCCCUUUUCCUCCCUUGCAACCCUCCUAUGCCAGGAGCCUUCGUCAGCGUUCACUUCGAAGGGCCUCCAGGAGUUCAGCUGUCCAUAUGUGAAGCCUUCGUCUACACCGAUCAGGCUCUUCCUAUUGAGAGGUGUCCAUCCUUCCGCGACCAGCCUCCGGGCAGCACAGCCACUUACAAUGGCAAGUGUUAUAUCUUCUAUAACCAACAACCUCGGAAUUUCGACGAAGCUCUCGAGUUCUGUCGCAACAGAGGAGGUUCUCUGGUUGACGAGACCAAUCCAGCUCUUCAAGGAUUUCUCAGCUGGGAGCUCUGGAGGAGACACAGGGGUGAUACCAACGGCCAAUAUUGGAUGGGUGCAGUAAGAGAUCCAGAUGAUGUAAACAACUGGAAAUGGAUAGAUGGCCGUGACGUCACUGUUUCGUUUUGGAAUUUACCAGGAGGCAACGAAAACUGUGCUAGAUUUGAUGGCACCAAAGGAUGGCUCUGGUCUGAUACCAACUGCGAUUUCAAAAUCAACUUUAUUUGUCAACACCGUCCUCAAACAUGUGGAAAACCAGAACAGCCUCCAAACUCAACCAUGGUCGCACCUAAUUACAACGUCGGAACCGAUGUUGAAUAUCGCUGUGACUCAGGACACAUACUGGUUGGACCUGCCCAAAGGACUUGUCUCAAUUCUGGGUUUUUCAAUGAGUUCCCUCCAACAUGCAGAUAUCUAGAAUGUGGUUUACCAGCGCCCAUCAGGAAUGGUCAGUAUACUUUAGUGAACGAGACACUUCACUAUCUCAGCAUGGUUAGAUACGAGUGUGAGCCUGGUCACACCAUUAUUGGGAGAUCCGAACUCAUCUGCGAUAUUGACGAGCGAUGGAACGGCCCACCACCACGGUGUGAGCCCAUCAAGUGCGACGCCCCUCAGCCAAUUCUUCACGGUUCCAUCCUUCACGGUUCCUCCUCAUCUGUCUCUUCGGACGAGGUGGUCCUAGGCGACACCAUCACCUUUGAAUGCGACGAAGGCUAUGUCCUCGUCGGGGCUAAGUCCGUUGUGUGUACGCCCUCGGGCACGUACGAUGAUGAGUUCCCUACCUGCGAAGACAAUGAGGCAGUGAAGCCUCCUUUGCCAGAGACUAGGCCUAACAAACCAGGAAGGCCUAACAGACCAAGACCUCCGUAUAUAGCUGACGAAGGGGACAACUCCGUCGAGAGCAACAAACCUGUCACGGUGACCAUUCUCCCGUCACUCGAGGCCGGAGACAACAACAACAUCAACAACAUAAACAGUGACAGAGGCCAGACAGUAGACGGCCCCGGGUACAACCUGAAGGAGGAGGGAGGAGGAGGAAAAUCAACAGAGAAACUCCAUCUUGGAGGUAUCAUCGCCCUCGGCGUUUUUGGCGGUUUCGUUUUCCUAGCUGCGGUCGUCACAACUAUCGUCAUUUUAGUAAGGAGGACUCAGCAUGGACCUAACAGCAAGAAGUACGUGAGGCGCAACGAUGACGGCACAGCUUCCUCCUACGACUCUUCUUCCUCUGAUGGCCACGGGCUCAACAAGUACUACAAAAGGGCUUGGGAAAACCUCCGGGAGGGCGGCGGAGACCUAGAGAAGAGCGCACAUCCCCGCCUCUCGCGGACUGAGACGCUCGAUCAGCCAGACUUCCGAUCAACGCGCUCCAUGGGCCACGAGGGACUUCGGGAUGGCUCCGAGAUGACCGUCAAUGACGUUGCUGCCAUGUACACCAGGCCUGAGAAGCGACGCCACCACCACCACCACCACGCCCACCGCCAUAAGGGGGCGCGCGAUGCCGAAAGGGACCAUCGCGAUCACCAUGACAGACACGACCGCGGUGAUCGACAUGAACGCCAUGAUCGUGACUGGCGCGACCGUGACCGUAGGAAGUAUUAGAAUGGAAGGACUCGAACAGAACAGAACCAAAGCUUCAUUGCAGGAGAAAGAGGGAGAAGCUCAGUUGGUGCAUUUCCAGUCAGGGAACAGGAGGAUCUUUCAGCAUUUUUUCAGAGAUCCGCCUUUUCUUUAAGCGACGAAGUGGAGUACUUCAUUUCUUAUUUAUUGCAAUCAUACAUAUCACAAGUGCAAUCAAUACUAGAGUCAAUUAGCAUUACUGUAACCGACUUUAGUGAUUCACUACUUGAUACCAAUGUCACAACAAAUAUUUGUUUCAUCAUUCAUGAUUUAAUGACUCCACUUCCUACUCUGGAAUUUUGCUUCUAAGAAUUUUCAAAAGCAAUUUUUGAAACCACUGAACUUUUCCCUCUUGAGAAUUCUCUGGCCUAGCUUACAGUUAGUCUCCAGUAUGAUCGAUUUCGUGUACUAUAGCCAGCAAUAUUAAUUCACUCAAUAUUUCUACAAACUUUCUACUAUACGUGUCAGUUAUGCAAGACAUUGCAAUAUAGUGGAAAACACUUUUGUAUAGUACAUUUUUCCUGGGCACUAACUGUUGUUUAUAUCUACUACAUUUUUGUGUGGGAAACUUUAUGCUAUUCAGUUACAUAAUAAAUAUGGAUGAGGGAGUUCGUCUAAGACGUCCUAUUUUUCCUUUAGUUUCGAGGGAUCUCCAGCGAGAUUCCGACAUCAAAUGGUCGAAGAGUCACUCUGAUGAAAGAACUUGACCUUUGAAGCUAGUCAGUGGAUCUUCGUUAAUCUUUUAUUCGUGAUUCGCUGAAGAAAUAAAGUGUUAUUUUUCUAAGUUGUUAUUACCCGGUGCUGUUCUAUCUGCAGUUAUUUUUAUUAGUACAAUAAUAUUUUCUAGAUAUAUGAUCGUAUAUCCAAUUUUGAUUAACAUAACUCCAAAAUUUUCCCCAACUGUCUGAGGUAGAGCCUUGUUCUGUGACGAAGUUGACCUUAUCCCGGCACAGACUCUCGCUCCUUACUUUCUCAUGCGGCAUUUUGACCAAUCUGAUUUCCACCCCAUCAGCUUUAUCUAAAUUUGAUCUUGAAGUUUUACUAAAAUCGCUGGUUUCAAUUAACCUCCAGGCUCACAAAACAGGCUCUCCUUCUGAAAUUGUCUGUAAAAUGAACAGCAGUAUUGUCCAACAUAAGCAUGCAGUGUAUCUGUCAUGCAUCCAACUUCACCUAUUAGUAUCUUGAGGCAUUACUGGAUAAGGGAUCGAAAGACAUAUAGGCUAGUUCCCGCUGUUUUGAUAAGUAGAGUUAUAUUGUAAUCUUACCUUGGCAUGGCCGAUUUUGAGAGCCAUCAAAUCGAAAACUAUCUGAGGGUGUACAUCAGCCAAAAGGAUUCUCAUGUUUACAGUUAAAGUCUUAUAAAUACAAGAAUGCCAAUCCUAAACUAUAAGGAUAAAAAAGAUGUAAAAUAACUAGAUAUAAUUAUAUCUGAAAACAAACAAGAUUUUUAAUGCACACGUCACUGUUGCUGGUGGCUCGGUCAUCCUCUCACUAGAAAUCUUUCCUACCUUAAAAAUGUUUGCUUCUUGGAUAUAAUGAUUGUUAGAAGGGUAUGUCAUUCUUUACUGAUUGAUUUGAAGCUGUGAACUACGACCUUUCCCAACUUUUAAACAAAUAUAUAUAUAUAUAUAUAUAUAUAUAUAUAUAUA